GAAUGAGCUCCUUCCUAGGCCCAUUUCCUUCUGGGCUCUGCCCUUGAAUGGGGCCAGAGGCUGCAAGUGGGGUUGGAAUAGGCCAAGCUGCCAGCAGAGAUGGACCCUCAGCCCCAGAGAAGGAGACACCUCAGCCCCAGAUGACCAGGACUGGAUGCCCCUGCAGUCAAAGGGGCCCUCUGCCAUGGCCAGCCUGAGCCAGCCUGUGCCCACAGAGGGCCACCACAUGGGGAGUGGGGGAAAUGAAAGACUGGAAGAUAAAGACUGAACUGCAGAAUGGGUUCCAAGCAGAACACAUAAGGGACUCAGAGUUGAAGAAGCUGCCCUUCCUGAAGUUGAGAACAGCUAUUGGAGUAGAAGAUAGGCCCCAGGCCAGGCUGGAUGGGAGGGAUGCUGUGGUCCCUCCCCACCCCACCCACAGCUGCCUUCCUCAUAAUAGGGUUCAUUGCUGAUGUGGGAGGGGCAUCCCAGGGAAGACACAGUGGGGGCCCCUGCCUGCCAGACACCCUCUGGGAGCAUCCCCUUUCAAGCAUGAGCCACACCACCUGGGCUCCCCCAGUUCCAGUGUGCUCUUAGCUCUGCCUGCCCUGCGUGGGUCCUGGAGACCUUCUGGGAGCUCAUCCAGCAACCAUCAUGCAAGGUGGUGCUGGGGACGGCCCUCCUGCUUGGGGGUGGAGGCCUGAUGCUGUGGGCACAGCACAAAUGGAGACAGAAGACAGCCCUUGAGUCUGCACAGGCCAAGCACAAGUCCCCAGAAUGCCACAGAGCAAAGAACGAGAGCUGGAUCAAAUCUCAUUUUAGUCGCCUUUCCGAAGAGAAGCUAGUCCCCGACCUCUGUGCCAGCUCCAUCAGCGACGCUGCGCAGCCUGAGAGUGGGAGCGGCGAGGCCAGUACCACCGUUCGCAUGGAGACUUUUACCACUAAACAAGGAGGUGGGGGUGCAGCUCUGCACCGGGAAGCCUUCACCAGCAGGCAGAGGAUGUCCGGGGCCUCGGCGACCAGAGAGACCCAAAAGGAGUCUGGAAAAUCUCCAUCCACAGAUGAGGCCACGUGGGCUGCUGUGGCUUCCUGCACCAAGGAGAUCGACACCAAGGGGCGGCAGCUGGCUAACUCCAUGCUGCAGCGGGCCACGGCUCACCAGCACUCGGGCCACCUGGAGUCCAGAGACAUCAACCAGGAGGAGCUGAAGGCCUUGGAGGAAGUGGAAAUUAAGCUGAAGGGCAAUUUCCUCACCCAUCGGGAAACCACCAUAGCUGGUGCCAACCACAUACACACUUUCCAUGGCCACCAGAACCAACAGGGUCAUCCCAGCCACCCAAGCCAUCAGAGCCACUUAGGCCACCAGAGCCACCAGGGUCACCCUGGCCACCCAAGUCAUCAGAGCCACAGUUUGCCCAACCGCAGCCACUAGAUCUGUGACUCCUUUGAAGCCACCUAACCAUGGAUGGACUUGCCCCUUCCCCGAGCAGGGCUGGCCCACACACGCAGGCUCGUUUUCUCCCAUGGGACAACCUGUGGGGCCCAGGGUAAGCUGCUGCCACCCAAGUUCCUUCUUCCUCAGGCUCCCUCUGUGGUCCCUUCAACUCCAUGAUGGCCCUGAGGGAGGGAGAAUGGGAAGGAAGCAAAGUAGCCCAGAUGGACUCUGAGGUCCCUGAAGACCCACCCAGAGAAGAUGGAGGAGGCAGACGCCAGGAGCAGCUGAGAGCCCCCUGCUGAUGCCAAAUGCCUGGAACUGAGCCAAUAAAGCCUUGCAUCCCCUCA